ACACACGCACACACGCACACCUGCAUAUGGUCUAUAGACUUCGAUGUUAAUGUCUAGAGCCUUUUGAUAAACUGAGAUGUGGAUGGGAGUUAGAACAAAAUUUCACAGAGAGGAAAAGAGUAAAGAAAGAAGACUAGAGAAAAAUAUUGCUUGGAGGUAAAGCAAAAUUACAGUGUUGAGUAAGUAUUCUGCCUGGUGGAUGCAAAACAUGGUGAGUAGCUGACUGCUUCGUCUAAGACACGGUUCCCAGUGAAACCUCAGUCCAGACUGCUUGGGCUGGAGAAGCGUACCAGAGAGAUGUCUUAUCUCUAGAGGACGGGAUGCUUGGACUGGGGAAAAUGGAGAAAGCGAUACUUUUUUCUUAUUACAUGGAGAGAGAGAGGAAGGCUUGGUAGUUCCUUCUGUUCCUCAGGUUCAGAGGCUAAACCAAAACCUCUUCAGUUAAAGACUGUUCAGCUUCAUAACUUCCAUUUUGUAAGUCAGAGACUAAGAGUCUACAAAGAAGGAUGAUGGAGAUGCUAAGACAUUGAAGUGAAGAUAUCUAAAGUCAACGAUGCCCAGACGCUACAGGACAGGCAAGUGAAGAAGCCUCUCUAAGACAGUCAGUGCAGUUAGGACUAAAAUAAGGACAGCACGAACUGGAGGGGCAGGCAAUCCCAAAGGGCUUAGCUGCUGUGGUCGUGGCCAUCAACCCAGGGUCUGGCAAGGACAGCAUUCCAGAGGCAAUCACAAGGAAGGCUGCUCAGGGAAAGUAAAACCAGGCAUUGAAAUUACACUUCCCAAAGGGAAAAAGAGCUUGGUUAUUUCGGAGAGCUGCUGAUGGGGAAUGCUUAGGGCUGCAUUUAUGAGUUUUCUAUGGGUUCAUGGAGGUAGAUGCAAGUGGGUCAUAAAAUUAGAGAAACAUUGAAUAUUUGAUUGAAUAUUUUAAAAAAAUGAUCGUGUAUAAAGUUCAUUUUGACAAAAAAAACAAGCAAAAGACAUAAAAACAGAGUAGAUAUAUUACACAUACGACUAAUUUAAGACACAACAUACAACAUUUCUGAACUAAAUAUUUUAAUCAUUUCAAUAUUAUUUUGCAGGAAGACAUACAGGAAGAGCUUUAUCAGUUACAUUGUGACCUCAUUAUAGUAUAUAUAUCUGUGCGUAUAUGUGUGUGCGUGUGCGUGUUUUCUUUUUCGUGUCUUCUUUUCAUAUAAUGGGUACUUGUUUUUACUAUUAACAUAUCAAAUAUUUUAAAAAUUUAAAUAUUAUACGUUAUUAAAUAAAUAUGAAGGGAAAUUAUGCUGAGUCCUUAGGACCCAUUCAGUUGUCACGAAUUAAAAGGUAGCCUAGAAACCGCAAAUGAUGAACUCAAAGGCAUCACUGGCAGGAAGCCUAUGCAAAUCGAUAGACAUUUACUCUGAGUUUUUUUUUUCUCUUUAUAAUAUAUUAUAAAGAUUUCUUUCUCCACCCUUCUGCUGCUUAAAUUUUUUUUUAGCGUCCUCAAAGCAAAUUCACCGAAGUUCUUGUCAGACAUGACCAGACUUGUGUAGCACGCACUUUUGUUCUAGAAUCUGGCUUUCUUCACUACUGGGACAUGCUCCUCAAGUAAGAACCAUUAAGAGGUAACUGCUUCCUUCCUCUGUCCUGACUCCACGGCUUAUGCUCACAAGGGAUGCCUGUGAGGGGCCAAAAAGGAGAACAGGAAAUAUUCCUCCCCGUUUGCCACGCGUCACCAUGGUGAUCUGCAAUACCAGUGCUACUAUGGAGCCCAUAUUUAUGCUGCGGGGGCUCCCCAGACUGGAGCAUGCUCAUCCCUGGCUCUCAAUCCCAUUCUGUCUUGCGUACUUGUUAGCACUGACUGGUAAUGUUACCAUCCUCUCUGUCAUCUGGAUGGAGUCCUCACUCCACCAGCCCAUGUAUUACUUUCUUUCCAUCUUGGCGCUAACUGACCUUGGUUUGUCCCUGUCCACACUGCCCACCAUGCUCGCUGUGUUGUGGCUGGAUGUUCGGGAGAUCCAGGCACGUGCUUGCUUCGUCCAGCUCUUCUUCAUCCACACAUUCACGUUCCUGGAGUCCUCAGUGCUGCUGGCCAUGGCCUUUGACCGUUUUGUGGCCAUCUGCCGUCCACUGCACUACACCACUAUCCUCACCAACGGUGUGAUAGGCAAGAUUGGUUUGGCCUGCCUGCUAAGAAGCAUGGGAGUUGUCCUGCCCACCCCUCUGCUGCUAAGACGCUAUCACUACUGCCAUGUCAGUGCCCUCUCCCAUGCCUUCUGUUUGCACCAGGAUGUUCUGAAACUAUCCUGUUCAGAUGCCAGGAUCAACAGUGUUUACGGACUCUGCGUGGUGAUUGCCACCCUGGGUGUGGAUUCAGUCUUUAUCCUUCUUUCUUACGUCCUGAUUCUGAAGGCUGUGCUGGACAUUGCAUCUCGUGAGGAGCAGCUAAAGGCACUCAACACCUGUGUAUCCCACGUCUGCGUGGUGCUCACCUUUUUUGUGCCGGUUAUCGGGGUAUCAAUCGUCCAUCGCUUUGGCAAGCAUUUGUCUCCCACGGUCCACAACCUCAUGGCUGACAUCUACCUGCUUCUCCCCCCAGUGCUUAACCCUAUUGUCUACAGCGUCAGGACCAAGCAGAUUCGCCUAGGGAUUCUCAGCAAGUUUGGACCGAGGAGGAGGCUUUAAGUCAUCUCUACCCACCAGGUUCCCACUGAAAAUUUGGGGCCAGCGAUUUGAGUAGGUGAGAAAUAAAUGAUCUGAAGCUUGGUCAUCUGGCGAAAUUCCUAAUUCUUUCACUUCCUAGAUACAUGAUCUCAGUUCAUCAUCAAUCCUUGUGAGAUUCAGGUUUUUCAGAGCCAAAUUUUAAGUAUGGCUUUUUCUAUCUCCAAGAUAAUUAUGAGACAUAACAAUAGACAAUGGAUGUUAAAAAUAUUGUUUUUGAAAACUGUACAACUUGUUAAUAUUAUCAAAUUGUUAUCAAUGAUGGUAACAGCAAUAAUGUGUAGACUCCCUGUUCAGCACCAUAGCUCAGGAUUUUAACAUCAGAUUUAUUGUUGUUUUAAAACCAGAUCAAGGAAGUUCUCUUACGUUUUUUAGUUAAGUUUUAUUAAGCAUUACCAGUAUCAUCUUUAGUCAAAUAUUUUUUCUUUAUCCAUCUAGAUUUCAAAUGAUUUCCUCCAUUUUUUGACUGUAUUCAUUAUAUUACAUAUAGUAAAUUACAUUGUGUAACUUCUUUGCAUGUAAAACAACUUUGAUGCUUAAAUUAAGUGCACAAAAAGAAAGUCAAUCACUUGAUAUUCUAGACUGGUGAAGGAAAAUUAUUUCACUAAAAUUAAUACUCAUUACGUAGUAUUAUAAAAAUUCAACAAGAUCAUACUCCGUGAGCAUCUGUGAGUGUGUGUGUGUGUGUGUGUGUGUGUGUGUGUGUGCACACGUGUGUGUCUGCGAGCAAUCACUGGAUUAGAUUUGCUACUAUUUUGUUUUAGAUUUUGUAGUCAAUUUCAUGGGGUAUUUUGGUCUUUCGAAUUUAUUUUCUGUGAUGCCAUGAUCUGGUUAUAAAAUGUAAGUUAUGCUUGUCUCAUAAAAAUCAUAAAGAGAUGAUCCCUCUUUUUAUAUUCUGCAGACAUAUAUGUGUAGGGUUUCUGUUAUUCAUCGUUAUAUGUUUUAAAUGAUUCACAAAAGAUGCUGUCAGGGCCUGGGGUUCUUCUUUCCACAACAUUUAUAAGUGAAGUUUUCGAGGAAGACAUACAUUCCUAAUAAUCUAUGGAUCUUGAUUUCAGAUGUAACUUUCUGGCUACUGUGUCUUAAAUAGUGGUUCUGCGAUAUUCUCUUCUCUCAUUCUUCUCCACCGUAUGCUAGAAUUUUUGAAUUUGUCUCACCCAAGAGUUAUUCUCUGUUCUGUUUUUGCUUUGAAUCUUUUUUUUUCAAUGCCCCACUUCGGUAUUAGCACCAGUUUGUUUCAGAGCAGCUUGAUCUGCUCCAAACAAAGGGCCGUGAAGAGAGGAGUCGUGAUUUCCAUUUCUUCCUGCCUGUAUUAUGUUCAAUAAACAAACUGACCCAGAAACUGAAAUGAACUCCAACAGCCAAUGAGAUGAGUUCAGAAAUGCCCAGUGUUAGGAUAUGAAGUUCGAGUGCUUUUCCAUCGAAAGACCAGUUUUCAUUAACUUGCACAUCUUAAGUCACGUCACUGUUUCACACAGUCUCCACAUGAUCUCUGAGUCGGACUGAGGACGAACUUGUGUCUCUGUGAACAGACGACCUUAAGCCAAUGAAAGCUUCUCAGACUUCCCAGCACACACCCCCACAUCGUCCUCAUUCUCAUCAUCCUAAUUCACUUUUAACAAGAAUUAGUAACAAGUCACUUUAUAGAUAAUAUUAAAACACACAAAAAAUACAUCAACCCUUCCUUUGAAAUACAUUUAGACCGUUUUCUCCGGUGAAGAAAACUUACU